UGUCGGGUUAGGAUGCCGCCCUCGGCCAUGGGCUGCACGAGUCCGCUCCUCAAGCAGCAGCAGGACUCCGGCCCCGCGCCCGCACAGGAGGCGCCGGCCGACAAGAAGAACCCCGACCCGGCGCGCCGCAUCAAGUGCGUGCUCGUCGGUGACGGCGCCGUCGGAAAGACCUCGCUCGUCGUCAGCUACUCGACCAACGGCUUCCCCAGCGAGUACGUGCCCACCGCGUUCGACAACUACAACGUUCUGGUGCGAGUGGAUGGACGGCCGUACAGCGUGCAACUGUGCGACACUGCCGGACAGGACGCGCUGGACCCGCUGCGGGCGCUGUGCUACCCCGACGCGGACGUCUUCCUGGUGGUGUUCAGCGUGGUGGCGCCGGCGACGCUGCGCUCCGUGGAGAGGCGCUGGGCUCCCGAGGUGCGCCGCCACUGCCCGGACGCGCCGCUGGUGCUGGUCGGCGCCCAGGCGGACCGGCGUCGCGACGCCCGCCUGCUGGCCACACUCGCCGCUGCGGGCCAGGCGCCCGUCUCCGCCGCCCGCGCCGCCCAGGCGGCGCGGACAAUCGGUGCGGCCUCGUACGUGGAGACUUCGGCGCUGACGCAGCGGGACCUGAAGGAGGCGUUCGACCAGGCAAUCGUGUGUGCGCUGCGGCGGCGAGGGCUACUGAGGCCGGCCACGCCCCCGAAGCCCCGCCAGCGGCCGCUCUGGAGGCGGCUCUGCUGCUGCACCAGGGGCGGAGGCGGCGCCGGGGGCGGCAGCGGCAGUGGCGAGAGCGCGGGUGCUGGAGGCGGGGUCGACGCCGGGGGCGGGGGCGGCGAGUAGCGGCCGGCGGAUGCCGCCAGCCUGUCUGCCGGGCAAAGACUCGAUCCGAUUGUGAGAACUGUCGCCGCAGAUGACACACCCGCGGCUACGGCGGACUGAUACGUUUACCGGCCGUAUUGAGCAGCAUCUUGUUAUGGUCACGCAGGUUCUUACGGAACUGAGGCUUAGCAUCAGAACAGUAGAGCAAAUCAUCGUGAAGGAAAAUGGUUUAGUCGUAAAUGAAAAAUAAUUUACAAAUAACAGUUGAAUGUUGUUGACUACACCCCAGUGCUCGCUAUCUGUGAAUCUUAUGCACGUAUGUUUAUAUACAUUUUUAUGGUCCACAUCACAUGAACAGCAGUUUAUUUAUGGAGGGCAACGUACUGUAGUUGAUAUGAAGUUGUACACAAUUUCUGAGGAUGGUCUGAGAGUUCCUCUUCGAUGUAAGCACUGGCUGAAUAUUACGAAAAAGAUCAGCGAAUUUUUAAAUUUUUUCCUGAUAAAUAUUUAAAAUACCAAACGGAAUAAUAGUGAAUUUUAUCAAAACUCAGUAUUACACAAUAAACAGUUCACAGUAACAAUUAAAUUGAUUAAAACCUUCACCAUAAAGAAUAUAUUUUCUUUGAAAAGUGAAAUAAAACUGUUCCUAGUUUUAAGAUUGGUUUCAGUGACACUGCACUUUAGAAGGCAUGGUCCUGUUGGAUGUAGGAUGCCCUUUUCCUUCUCAAAGCUGAGAACUGGUGCACUCAGCCAGAACAAUGUUCCAAAUAGCAGUGUCGGAGGAGGAAUGGGAAAGACCUACCACUUCUUUUCUUCUGAUUGGAUUGAUAUAGUCUAUCACGAACUCCUCUGCCAUUCUGGCCUCUUCAUCUCAGAGUAAUGAUUGCAUCGAAAGUCCUUAAUUACUUUUUGGUAUAUUCCUAUCUCUGUUCUUCUCUUAGUUUUUAUCCUCUGCAGCUACCUUUAGUGUUGUUCAGUGUCAGUAAAUUCCUAGUUACAGUUGGGAAUUAAACGCUGCAUUUUUUAAUUUUUAAUAUGUCACUUAAUCAGGACAGUCACCAAACACAUAGUGAUCUUUGAACCGAAAACUUAAAAAAAAAAAAAAAAAAAAAGGCAUGAAACGGCGAUUCUUUGUGAGCACUGUGCAUUUCUCUGUGGUUGAUCAGCUAUGUUUUCUAUUUUUUUUCAUUUUUCUGCCGGUAAAAAUUUCAUCUUUUUAAUAUAUUUUCAUUAGAAGUGAUUUACUGAUUGUAAAAACUACAAGGAAUUUAAAAACGCUGAAUGAUCGCUGACAUUUAUUUUAUUCCUCUUUAUACAUUUAGGGAUCUGACCAUCUUUAUAUGACUAAUUAAAGUAAGUGUUAAAUAUCUCUUUUACAAAUAUGUCAAAAAUCAUCAAGAAAUCCACGAAAUUAAGCAACGUAGCAGUAGCACGAUACAAUGACCGAACUCAAGUUUGUGUUAUGUCAUAGUAUCUUGUUACUGCUGCUACCUUCUUUAACGUCAUGGUUUUUUACCUACUUUUCAAAGUUAUAUUUAACAUACAUUUAAAACGGUCAUCUGAAGGUCGGCAGAGGGCAAAACACGCAAUGAAGACUAAAAUAAUGGAUCUAAAAAUCCUCUAGUACCUGUUUCUCAGAGGUCAUCCACCUUUUUAAAAUUCCGUAUAGUUUUUCUGAUUAUAUUGGACACACACCUCUGCAAAUACUAUUAGUCAAAUUUACCAUAUUUACUGAUUUUUUGCAGUGAUAUAUUUGAAAUUUUGUUUUUACUCUUGUCACUAUCACAGCAAAAUCCUCUUUUAAGUUAUGUUGUCUGGUCACAGUUGAAUUCCACCCAAUGACUUCCUCUCUCCCCUUGCUUCAUGGAUGUCUGGAGCAGACAUGUUUAACAAUAAUGGUGAUAAAAUGUAGGUAUUUUGUGAACGUCUUGUUAGCACUUGGUUCUAUAGAGAGUACGUAAAUCAUCCGGUCGUAAGUGUUGGUAUAAGUAAAAAGACAAAGUCCCUCUCUGCGCACAUUCUAAGUGUUUACUUUCCUCUUAAUGUUCAUUAAAGGCAAGAUAGAAACUUGAAUAAGGACCGAAAAAUAUUCAGCUGUGGUCUUACUGAGUUCACCAUCCUAUUGAUCAGUAUGAAAGAUAAUUAUUUGAAAAUGAAGCUUUGUGUAUGUAGCAGAUUGAGUAAUGUGUAAAGACAUGUUUGAUUUGUAACAGCUAAUAACUAAGGCUAUUUUUAUCUCGGUGUCUCAACAACCCAACAACCUUUCUAGCCUAUACGUUUUUAAUAAACCAACAUUAAGCUGCUUUAAAUUAUUCUGCUUUCACUUGUUUCAAAGCAGGUGACAAAUAUUGUGUGGUUAAACUUAUCCUCCAGUUGCCUUUUAAGUACCCAUAGUAUUAUGCUGUAUUUGUGUAUCCUGCAAUGCACUGAGGACAUUUGCUUAUGCAGAUGUUGCCUUCCUCAUAUCUACUAAAAAAUUAAGAAGACAACUCUAAGCAUUGGUAAGACAUACAGCAGGUCUCGUAGCCAUAAUAUGUGAUAGGCAGGCGUCUUCCACAGCUUAAGCAAAUUUUAUGUUCAGGGAGAAAAAGCUAAUUUAACAGGUAUAGACAGUACACAAGAUAAUGUGUGUAACAAUGAUGGAAAUCCACAGAUCAAAAAGUAUGUAACAUAAGGGUAAUGAAGAAACUUACCUACAGAGGAUUGGUGCAUGGCUCACAGAAACAUGUAAAAGAAAACAAUUAACAAUGGCUUUCUAGCUCUAAAGUAAGACACUCAAAGAUAUAAAAAUGAAAAUGCCAGUGCUGUUUUACAAACAUGAGAAUCAAAUAUAUGUACCUUCUCUGUAACCUGAAUUCCCAUACCAGAAAGAUUAUGGCAGUACAGAAGCAAGUAUUUUCCAGAGUUUACACUAUGUCUGAAGGGUUUAAAUAAAUAACUAAGUUGCUGUUUGUGUAGUGUGGACAUUUCAAACAGUGAUGUGUGCUAAUAUGAUAAAAUUCAUGUAGUUCACAUGUUUUCCUUGCUGAGAUAAUUUUUUUAAUUUAGUUUACUUAAUAACUAUCCCAAACACUGUAAUCCUAUAAGGGACUCUCAAAUCUGGAGAAAACCCACACACAUUGUGAGAACACAUUACAGUCCACAAUCUGGCCGAUAGUUAUGAUUGCUGCCAAUAAGCGAGUAAUGAGGCUAAAUAUACUUCACAAUAUGGUGCUGCUGAGCCUCACAUUCUCAUAGUGUAGUGGUUUCAGGAACCAAAAAUUGUGUGUGUCCUCCAUACAUGAAGUGAGAAUUAUUUUCUGAAAUACAUAUGGAUUCCUCCAGCAUAAAUCAAAUCAAAAGCACUGUUAGCUACACCAACUAGGCUUUCCAGUUAUGAAGUCAGCAGUAUAUGUCGAUCCAUAUAGGUACUAUUUUUGUAGUAUCCAUCCACUGCCAAUGUCAACCUAUGCAAGUGUCAUCUCAAAAUAAGCUGUUUUCUUCUAUGCUGCAGAAUGCACUCAGAGGUGACUUGAAUUCUGCUCUCUUCUGGAAACUGAGGUUUUGUGUUCCUUUGCCUGUCGUUCAUCUCUGACAGUCAUUCCAAUUCCUUUCAAAGAAUGUAAUUUAUAUCAUACUAGAAUUAUAUGAGAAUUGUGUGGAGUUUUGUUAGUGCAUUGCACAGAACAGUGUCAGUUUUUGCUCCUUUUGUCUCAUUUACCGUGUUUUAUCAUAUGUAGAAUUUAAAUACAAUUUUAAAAAAGCUCUAAUUUUAAUUCUGUCAGGAAAGACUGUGAAAAAGCUGAGUACUGAGCCUUAAGAAAAUUAUCAAACUUUAAUCAUUGUUAUUAAUGUUCUGCUACACCAUUUGACAUAAGAUGAUAAAGAGAUGGCAAACACAGAUUUGUAAAUAAACUUGUUUGUAUUUGCUAUAAUCAAUGUUAGCUAUUUACAAUCAUAGUUCAUGAUUUAGAAUGUCACAAAGACAAUAGUAUUUCUCAUUUGUUUAUUGCUGAUUUUACAAGCACCAGUAUAUUUUUCAAUUGAAAUAUAGUUGUUAUUAAAAUUUUUAAGGACAAGACUACAUGUGUAAGUGAAAGAACUUCACAAAAUGUUAAGUCUAAUACAGUUAAAUGUACUGAUGAAAUUGCUUGUAUCCUUGUUAGCAAAAACAUUUUUUAAAUUCCUGCAAUAAUUUAAUUUAAUCUGCAUUUUUACUUCUCUUUCACUAUAUAGGAUUCUCUCUCUCUCUCUCUCUCUCUCUCUCUCCCCCCCCCCUCUCCCCCC